CAAACAGCGGCGCCUUUGGACAGCUGGUGGUGGUAUCGGAAGAUGCAGAAGCAGCAGCAGGCGAAGAAAGUUCUUCAUGCACGCUGUCUCUGAAUCUUCUCUGACAAUUGGCACACGUUUGAGUAUGGAAUGGCGCAAUUGAUUCAGUGCAUCCUUGCUCGCGUUUGAGUCCAGUCAAUCAAAGUCUGUCCCCCAGCCGUAAGGAUCCUACGACGUGUUGCUCCUCGCCAGCUUACAUGUCGGUCACCGAAACCAUGCGAGACCUCGCACGACAGGUUUUCACCUCUCUGGACAAGAAUGGCGACGGCACGCUCACGGAAGAUGAGCUUAAGCGAUGGCUGAGCUUCCAGUGCGACAUGGGGGAGGAGGAGCAGGACGAGCUAUGGCUGUCACGAUGGGGGGAGAAAGAGGAGAUUGAGUUCGAGGACUUCUUAGAAGCGGCGCAGGAGUACGACUGGCCACUGAAGGCAGGAAGGCAGGGCCCUGCGUUGGUACCUACGACAUCAGCACCAGCACCAGCACCAAUGGCAGAAUCAGGAGGAGAGAGGGAGAAAGUUGACGAAGCGUUCAAGGAACUAGCUCGGAAUACCUUCAACGCUCUGGACAAGAAUGGCGACGGCACGCUCACGGAAGAUGAGCUUAAGCGAUGGCUGAGCUUCCAGUGCGACAUGGGGGAGGAGGAGCAGGACGAGCUAUGGCUGUCACGAUGGGGGGAGAAAGAGGAGAUUGAGUUCGAGGACUUCUUAGAAGCAGCGCAGGAGUACGACUGGCCACUGAAGGCAGGAAGGCAGGGCCCUGCGUUGGUACCUACGACAUCAGCACCAGCACCAGCACCAAUGGCAGAAUCAGGAGGAGAGAGGGAGAAAGUUGACGAAGCGUUCAAGGAACUAGCUCGGAAUACCUUCAACGCUCUGGACAAGAAUGGCGACGGCACGCUCACGGAAGAUGAGCUUAAGCGAUGGCUGAGCUUCCAGUGCGACAUGGGGGAGGAGGAGCAGGACGAGCUAUGGCUGUCACGAUGGGGGGAGAAAGAGGAGAUUGAGUUCGAGGACUUCUUAGAAGCGGCGCAGGAGUACGACUGGCCACUGAAGGCAGGAAGGCAGGGCCCUGCGUUGGUUCCAAAAGAAGAACCAAUCCCUGUACUGCGGCUGCUUGUUCAAGGAGCAGACUUUCUUCCCUGCGAAUCACAGCAGCUCGGGCAUGAUCCAUACAUCCGAAUCUCCUACAAUGAGCAAAACUUGCGUACAAAAACCUCGAUUAUGAAUUCGUCUCCUACCUGGAAUGAAGUUUUCAUCUUGGAGCAUGUCAAAGGGACAUCAAUCAAAUUCCAGCUUUUUCAUGAAAGCAAGUCACUUGAAGAAAAGUUGGUGGGUGAAGCGAUCUUGCAAGAAAAUGUAUUGGACAGGAUCAUGCAUCGAGGGAAAGGGGGAUUAGAGAGUAUUCUGUAUUGUCAACUUUACGUGACAGAUCAAGGAGUUGGCAUUCUCGAGCUUCCAGGGCUCGAGGUCCAUCAGAGCAGCCAGACACGUGAG